UAACCCAUAGGUGGGUCGAUGGGGCUUAAAGGAACCCCUCGAUAAGAAUACUUUUUAUUACUCUUAUAUCAUAUUUUAUCAAAGCAUUACCAAGUGCAUUUUGGUAGAACGAGCCUUCUGUAAACUACUAUCUAUAUUCACGGACAUCUUAUGAUCGUAAAUAUAACCUUCGAGAAACGGGUAUCAAAGUAUAAAGCCGCUAGCAUAUGUUUCCCGAACCCCUGCUAAUCGCUUGCCAGAUUAGUCGUAACUUAUCGCUUGUUGCUUUGAAUACUAUUAGAGUGCUCGCCAUUUCGAAGUGCAUUGUUGGAGUUAAGUGCCUAAUAUUUGGGUUAGUCUGCACCUGGUAGCGCUACCAAAAUGAGUGGAACUUCUAGUCCCAUAAGACCUCUGCCGCCGGCUCUGCAAAAAGUGGCCAUCGAGGAACUAAACGAGGUGCCAAGUCGAGUGGAAUCGGACAUUGCUACCCUCAAGGAAUGGCUGCAGAAGCAACCUCAUAUCUGCGCCUGCCUGGAGGAUCAGUUCUUGCUCAGCUUUCUCAGGGGAUCGAAAUUCAGUCUAGAGAAGGCCAAGCAAAAGAUCGAUCGAUUCUAUAGCUUGCAAGCGGUUAUCCCCGAGGUCUUCAACGAACACCGACUGGCUGACGAUCCUCAGGUGCUGGAGAUUAUUCGAAUGGGAGUUAUCCUGCGCAUUCCCCUCGAUAAGGAGGACCCUGGACCAGCUGUGACCAUCAUUCGAGCUGGCUCCUAUGACCUCAACAAGUUCAAGUUCCAGGACAUCAUCCGAGUGGGUUCCAUGUUUGGCGAGAUCAUGAUGCUGGAGGAUGAUAAUGCCUCGGUCAGUGGCUACCUGGAGAUCAUGGAUAUGAGUGGAGUGACGGGGGCGAAUCUGUUUGCCCUCCAACCCCAGCUCCUCAGCAAGUUCUCUGCCUACGCGGAUGAGGCCAUGCCAACACGCCAGAAGGGAAUCCAUUUCAUCAAUGUGCCCAAGGCCUUUGAGAUGGGUUUCAAGUCGCUGCUGGGAUGGUUUCCAGGAAAAAUCAAAGAGAGGGUUUCAGUUAGUUCCGAUCCCGAGGCCAUCUUUGCGCGAGUUCCCAAGGACUAUCUGCCAGCGGAGUACGGGGGCUCUAAGGGAACCAUGAAGGAUAUUACAGCUGGGAUGGAGGCCAAGCUCUCGAGCUAUCGCAGCUACUUCGAAGACUGUCAGCACUUUGGUACCAACGACAAGUUGCGCGAGGAACCAUCCAAUCUGGGCCCCGAAGAGAGUCACUUUGGCCUAGAUGGCUCUUUUCGCCAGUUGGUAAUCGACUGAAUCCGUUAAAAAACCUGUAAACUCGUCUGGGCCAUAAACCCAUAAUAAAUGCUUUCGAUAAGCUCACUGCUAAC